GUCCGUCCGCUUUGGUCGUCAGCCGUCGCGCCUCACCUCCCCGGCAAAGCAGGUCGCCACUAGGACCGCGAGGAGGCUCUGGCUCGCUGCCCGAUAUAUUGAUUAAUUAAUCGCCCGUUAAUUGCCCGCUAAUCCUCUGCCGGCCGCUGCCGCCUCGCUUUUUCUCGCUUAAAUAAUUGCCUAGUCAAGCUGAUCCAGCUCGGCGGGCUGCGGGCGGACUUGGGGAGACAGACAAACAUACAGAGAGAGAGAGAGGGGCAGAGGCAGCCCGGGAUCCGAUCGGGCGGUCGAUGCUACGGCCGGUGGCGGGCGUCGUCGGGGCAUGGCUAGCCAGGCUGCGCGGCGAGGAGGCGCGAUGAGACCACCGAGCAGCGGCGUGCGCACGGCGGCCGCGCGGCCGCCGGCCGCCUCGUUCCUGCUGGCCACGGCGGCCACGGCGGCGCUCGUCGGAGGGUUCUACUUCUGGUUGGUGGUCUCGUCGUUCCGGCUCCCCGACUCGGGCGCCGUCGGGUGCCGCCCCGACGGCGAGGGGUCGUGGGCGGUCGGCAUGUUCUACGGCAGCAGCCCCCUCGCGCUCCGUCCCAUCGAGCUGGAAGGGAGGAGCAAUGGCAACAGCUCGGCGUGGCCGGUGGCGAACCCCGUCCUGACCUGCGGGACUGCGACGGAGGCGGGGUACCCGAGCAACUUUGUCGCCGACCCGUUCCUCUACGUCGAGGGGGACACACUAUUUAUUUUCUUUGAAACAAAAACAACAACCUCAAUGCAAGGUGAUAUUGGAGUUGCAAGAAGCUUCGACCAAGGUGCAACGUGGGAAUUUCUUGGCAUUGCACUAGAUGAGGCAUGGCAUCUGUCAUAUCCUUUUGUGUUCAAGUAUGAGAACGAGAUUUAUAUGAUGCCAGAGGGAAACAAGAAGAAGGAGCUGCGCCUUUAUCGUGCUACUAAGUUUCCCCUCGAAUGGACAUUGGAGAAGGUUCUUGUCAAUAAGCCACUUAUUGAUGCCUCGUUAGUCCAAUUUGAGGGAUACUGGUGGCUAUUUGCAUCUGAUUUUACACGGUAUGGUGUUGAGAAGAAUGCGGAGCUUGAGAUUUGGUACAGCAAUUCUCCUCUUGGUCCUUGGACUGAGCACAAGAAAAAUCCUAUCUACAAAUCAGACAAAAGUUUGGGAGCUCGAAAUGGUGGGAGACUCUUCAUUUUUGAAGGGUCAUUAUAUCGCCCCGGCCAGGAUUGCAGUGGUACUUAUGGCCGGAUGGUUAAGUUGCACAAGGUUGAAAAGCUAAGCAAGGAGGAAUACAAAGAGGUCCCUGUAAAUCUUGGGAUAGAGGAGCCAAAGAAAGGGAGAAAUGCAUGGAAUGGCAUGAGGUACCAUCACAUGGAUGCACAACAACUCGCAUCUGGUGGAUGGAUUGCUGUAAUGGAUGGUGAUCGAGUUCCUUCAGGUGAUUCAACCAGACGCUCUCUCAUUGGUUACUUAGCUUUCCUGUUGGCCAGUGCCCUUGUCGUUUUUGUGGGUUUUAUGAAAGGUGCAAUCAGUUGUUACGUUCCUCCCAGUUUAUGGGUUCCUCUCACAAGGAGAACAGAAUUAUCCCGUAUCUUCUACGUGCACCGCUUCAACCAGAAAGUCCGCAGAUAUUCUACCAGCAUCAGCAGAUAUAUCUCUGCUGCUAAAACCAAGCUCAGCGAAAAGACUUGGUCCAACGUGCUUUUCUUCUGUGUAGUUGCUCUAUUUGGUGCCAUAAAUGUCUGCAUUGCCGUGCAUUUCUUAUGUGGCGGCAAUGGCGCUGAAGAGGCGUACACAUAUCAAGGGCAACACUCCCAGUUUACGAUGAUCACAAUGACAUAUGAAGCCCGUCUCUGGAAUUUGAAAGUGUUCAUCGAACACUACUCUAGAUGUGAAUCGGUUAGGGAGAUAGUUGUUGUUUGGAACAAAGGUAACCCUCCAAGUAGUGACGCGUUUGACUCCACUGUGCCUGUGAGGAUACGGGUCGAGGAGACCAAUUCUCUUAACAACAGAUUUAGGGUGGAUCCUCUGAUAAAGACCAGAGCUGUUCUUGAACUGGACGAUGAUAUCAUGAUGACUUGCACCGACUUAGAGAAAGGAUUUAGGGUCUGGAGAGAACACCCUGAGCGGAUGGUGGGCUUCUACCCCCGGAUGAUAGAUGGCAACCCUAUGCAGUACAGGAAUGAGAGGUACGCUAGGGGUAAGAAUGGAUACAAUCUGAUACUCACAGGUGCUGCCUUCAUGGACAAAGAGUUUGCUUUCAAGACUUACUGGAGCGAGAAGGCUCGUGAGGGGAGGGACUAUGUGCACAAGAACUUCAACUGCGAGGACUUGCUCAUGAAUUUUCUGUAUGCGAAUGCAAGCUCCACCACAAGGACCGUGGAGUACGUCCACCCCGCAUGGGCUAUCGAUACGUCCAAGCUUUCUUCUGUUGCCAUUAGCCGGGACACCCAGAAGCACUAUGACAUCAGAACGCAUUGCUUGGCAAACUUUUCCUCCAUAUAUGGCCCCCUCCCUCAGAAAUGGGAGUUCGGCAUGCGUGAAGACCGUUGGGACAAAUAGGAUGGCGACGGUGGUACACGACGGACAAACACAUGAUGGUGAAACCUUCUCUUUUUUUUUUGUCAAUCCCCUGGAAAGUUUUGUAGCUUCGGGCGAAGGUAUAGGUCCUUGGGGCAGAAGUGCCCCUGGUUUGUGAUGUGCCUAUUAGAUCUGGCUAGAAGCUUAGACCUGAUCAGGAUAGACCAUUGUUCAAAAGUUGAGGAUAGACCAAAGGCAGUGCAGUGUAUGUGUAUGUGAAUUGUGGAAGGCAAAGAGGGAAUUUGAGAACUGCAUAGUGGGUGGAAAGUUUAGACUGUUGGGUUCCCUUCUCUGUAGUUUGUGUACAUCUCUUCCUUUCUAAGAUUCAGCUAGCAUGUUGUGUGAUUAUUUACCGUAAGGAUUCUUUUUACAGCUCGUAGUGUUUAUUAUUUCAGUCUAAUGAGGACUUUCUGAAUCUUUCUUUUCUGAGAUC